AUGCCCUCCCGACAAACCAGUCCCCUCCCCAAAUCCCUCCAAGACCUCCUCAUCGAAGACGAGGAGGAGAUGGAAUGGUAUGGCGAUUAUGAAGAUCACUGGAUUACCGCGGCGGCGCAAUCGAAUCCCCAAGUUGGGACCGAUCCAGAGCCAUCGCAGACAAAACUGAAGACAGGAAUAACGGAGACGGAGAGUAAGACGGCGGGGCAGGAGGGGGAGUCUUGAUUUCUUCCUAGGUUUCGUUGCAUAUUAGUGGGCUUGUGGGUAUACUACCAGGUAGUAUACUAUAUAUUAGUCUAUUCUCCGUGGUAUCUGUCAGUAGCAUACAGAUCAUGUCUUAUCGAGUUCAG